AUGUUCUGGUUCAGGAUCCUUUCGCUGCUAGCUGGCGCUGUCGUCAUCGCCGUCCUAGCAGCAACGCAUGACACCAAUUCGAACGAUCUUCGAGCGCAGGAAGAGAAGGCACACGUGUCAUGCCAGAAGGGUUGGGCACAGAACUUCGACUUCGAAGAGUUUGAGCGACUCGGCGGCAUCAACGACGAUGUGUUUGCUCGAUACAUGGCCGGAAACUCUUCUCACACGAGUGGCGCAAACAUGUGGGUGUUGUCGCAAAUGGGCCUUCUGACGAAUCUUACUGCAAAGGGACCGGAUCCCUCCUCGAUCGAGAUUUACCGUGACGAACGGUACGAUGCGAGGAGUCGCACAUGUGACCUUGGGCCAAGACGCAGUGCAAGAGCUGAGCUCGAGGACAAAGCACAAGAGAACGACGGCAAAGGCAACGAGGUGUCUGGCUGA